AUGCUUUUGUUAGUUAUUAUAAUCUCAGAAGAAAUACCAAAAGAUAUAACCUUUGAUUCAUGGGAUGAAGUUGAAGCAUUCUUUUUGGAUUAUAAAAAAAAAAGUGAACGAUUGGUAAAUCAACAAACUAUCACAACUAAUCAAGAACAAGAUAAUAUGACUAAUCAAAAACAGAAUGGCAUAACCAAUCAAUCUUCAUCCGAGAGUAUAAUUGAACGAAAUAUUAAUCAAGAUACUGAAAUGCUAUCAGAAAAUAAAGAAUUAGUCUCUCCUGUUGUUGGUAAAAGAAGGCCACAAAAGCACAGAUAUAUUAGUAGUAUUAAAAAAGAAAAAAAGCAUAGAGGGAAUUCAACCCAAGGAAUAUAUAAAUGUCAUAUAUGUAGUAAAGCUAGUCAUAAUUCAGCAUUUCAUAAGAAUAAGGCAGAAGAUAGUUGA